CUGCCCAUGCUUAAUCCGGACCGGCGAUGUGAGCGAAGUGUAUUCCCGAACGAAUUUGCAUCUAGAAUUCGACAUAAUUAAUGGAGAAUAGGAAGUGCCUCCGACUCCAUCGAAAAACGCAGUUCCCAGCAGAAGUUUAAAAUCUAUUCGUCGACGAAAAAAAAAACAAAAGGUUGCUCGACCGGGGAACACCUAGCGCGGGUAGGUUUGCCGCCCAUCAAACUGGUUUCGACUGAUCUUUUAUCAAAGCUGAAUUAGAAUUCUCGGUGUAUUCUUCUAUCGUGGGUCGUUGGAAAUGUUUGUGGUGCAAUUUUUCGUAUUUUUGGCGCUCGCGGUGGCUCAUGCGCGCGUGGAUAGGGCGAACAACGUAUGUCCUACCUUAGAGGACUAUGCUACCAUCAAGACUAACAGCAGGUGUUGGUAUAACCCGGAUUUGAAUGCAAAGCCGGUGGCUAUCGCUCGAAGAUAUGGAUUCCGUUUGGAGAACCACAAGGUAACUACUUCGGACGGCUACAUCCUAACACUGAACAGAAUUGUACCAUUGAAUGGAACCCCUGGCAGUGCACCAAUUUUGAUGCAUCACGGCAUCUGCGCCAACGCUGCGUACUUCAUAUUGCAUGGGAAAACAUCAACAGCGCUCUACCUAGUGAGUAUUGGCUUUGACGUAUGGCUGUCAAACGCAAGGGGUACGGAAGUGUCCAUGAGGCACGAGACUAUGUCCCCUUCUGAUCCAGAGUUCUGGAACUUCAGUUUUCACGAAAUGGCCAUAAUGGACAUACCGGCUUCCUUGGAUUAUAUAAGGAAGAAGACUGGCGGAAAGAAAGUAACUUUUAUAGGUCAUUCGAUGGGAGGAACCAUCCAAUACGUUUAUGCCUCCAUGAUGCCCCAACAUGCUAAGGAGAGCAUCAACGCUAUCGUAUCCCUGGCCCCUGUCGUUUAUUCGAAGCACAUGAAGACAGAAGUAGCCAAACUCUUGGCACCCUACACGGAUCAUCUGCUGCGACAAUUCAACAUGAUAGACCUACCUGGAACAGGAAUAUACCCCCAAUUAAAAAGAUACGUUGAAAGGAUUUGUAACAGAUAUCCCUACAUUUUGGUCUGUUUACAAUUCGUUGAAUCCCUCACUGGAACAAGCAGAGGAAAUUUCGAACCUGAAUAUUUGCCGCUUAUUUUCAGAAGGUAUCCUGCAGGGUUUUCUCUCAAGACUCUCGCACAUUUCGGUCAGGAACACGAAUCAGGUGGAAGAUUUCAGAUGUUCAGUUAUGGAUCAAAGGAGAACCUUUUACGGUACAAUUCUGUCGGUCCACUGGAAUAUGAUGUGCACAAGAUAAAUGUGCCAGUUUAUAUUAUCUAUGGGGAAGCUGACUUGCUAUCUGAUGAAGAGGACAACAAGAUGCUGUUCAGGGAAUUGAAGACUGAAAAACAUAUCAUGGCCAUCAGGGGUGCCAACAAUACAGUUAAAUAUACUCACAACGAUUUCCUUUUCUCUAAAACUCUUAUGGACUUGAAUAUGUACCUGGCUGGAAUUCUAAGAAACAUAACAUCCCAUGAUAAUAAAAGGAGAUGACGUUUU